AUGUUGGUUGUUUUUGAUGUUGUGUUGGGGGGUGAUGGUGUUGGGGUGUUGUUGUGUUGUGGUGUGUGGUGUUUGUUGUUGGUGGUUUAUGGGGGGUGGUUAUGUUGGGGGUUUGUUGUGUGUGUUUUGUUUGGUUUUGUUUUUGGGUGUGGUUGUGGUUUUGUGUGCGCUUUAAGCGUUUUGUUGUGUGGUUGGGUUUAUGGGGUGUGUGUUUGGGUGGGGAGGGUUUGUCUUGGGUUGCUUAGGGGUUUUGUUUUUUGUUUAUGGGUGGUGUGUGUUGGUGGUUUGAUGUUGGUUUGUGGUGAAAUUGCUUUUGGGUUGGUGAAUAAUGGGGUUGAGGGUGUUUUUGUGGUGGGGUUGUGGUUUGUGUUUGUUGUGUUUGUUUGUUGGUUGUUUGUGUUUUGUGUUUGUUUGUUGUUUUGUGGUUUUUGGGGUGGUGUUGUUGUUUGGUUGUGGUUGGUUUUUGUUUGUGGUUUUGUUGUGGUUUGUUUGUGGUUUGUUGUUUUGUGUUGGUUUUUUUGUGUUGUGUUUGUGUUUUUGUGUUUGUUUGUGUUGUGGUUUUUGUGUUUGGUUUGUUUUGUUGUUUUUGGGUUGUUUGGUUGUUUUGUGUGGGUUGUGUUUUGUUUUGUGGUUGUUUUUGUGGUUGUUUUGUUUGUGGUUGGUUGUUUUGUUGUGUUUUGUUGUUGUGUUGUUGUUUUUUGUUUGGGUUUGUUUGGUGUUUUGUUUUUGGUUGUGUGUUUUGUGUUUGUUGUUUUUGUUGGUGUGUGUUUGUUGUUGUUUGUUUUGUUUUUUUGUGUUUGUUGUUUUUUGUGGUUUUGUUUGUUGGUGUUUGUGUGUGGUGGGUGGGGGUGGGGUGGGUUGUGGGGGGGGUUGGGGUGGGGUGGGGGGUGUUGUGUGUGGUGGGUUGGGUGGGGUUGGGGGUUGGGGGUGGUUGUGGGUGGGGGGUGGGUGGUGGGGGGUGGUUGUGGGUGGGUUGGGUGGGGGUGGUGGUGUUGGGGUGGUGGUGUUGGGGUGUGUGUGGUGGGGGGGGGUGGGGUGGUGGGGGGGUGGUGGGGGGGUGGGGUGGGGGGGGGUGGGGGGGGUGGUGUGGGGGUGUGGGUGGGUGGGGGUGGGGGGGUGGUGGGGUGGUGGGGGGGUGUGGUGGGGUGGUGGGGUGGGGGGGGGGGUGGGGUUGGUGUGGGGUGGGGUUGGUGGGGUGUGGGGUGGGGGUGUGGGGUUGGUGGGGGGGGUGGGUGUGGGGGGUGUGGGGUGGGGUGGGGGGGUGGGGGGUGGGGUGGUGGGUGUGGGGGUGGGUGGUGGGGGGUGUGGGGUGUGGGGUGGGGUGUGGGGGGGGUGGGGUGGUGGUGUGGUGGUGGGGUGGGGGGUGGGGUGGGGGUGUGUGGGUGGGGGGGGUGGUGGGGGGUGGGUGGGUGGGGGUGGUGGGUGGUGGGUGGGUGGGGUUGGGGGGGGGGGUGUGGGGUGGGGUGGGUGGGGUGGGGGGGGGGUGGGGGGUGUGGGGGUGGUGGGUGGUUGGGGGGGGUGGGUGGGGGGGUGGGGGGGGGGUGUGGGGUGUGGUGGGGGUGUGUGGGUGGUGGGGGGGGUGUGUUGGGGUGUGGUGGGGGGUGGGGGGUGGGGUUGGUGGGGUGGGGGGUUGUGGUGGUGGGGUGUGGGGGUGGGUGGGGUGGUGGUUGGGGGGGUGUGGGGGGGUGUGGGGUGUGGGUGGGGUUGGUGGGGGGGGGGGUGGGGUUGGGGGGUGUGGGGUGUGGGGGGUGGUGGGGGGUGGUGGGGUGGGUGGUGGGGGGGGUUGUGUGUGGGUGGUGUGGGGGGUGUGGGGGUGUGGGUGUGGGUGGGGGGGUGGUGUGUGGGGUGGGUGUGGGGUGGGGUGUGGGGGGUGGGGUGGUGGGGGGGUGGUGGGUGUGGGGGGGUGGGGGUGGGUGGGGUGGUGGUGGGUGGGGUGGGGGUGUGGGUUGGGGGGGGGUGUGGGGGGGGUGUGGGUGUGGGGGGUGUUGGGUGGUGGUGUGGGGGGGUUGGGGGUGGGGGGUGGGGUGGGGGUGGUGGGGUGGGGGUGGUGGUGGGGUUGGGGGUGGGGGGGGUGGUGGGUGGGGGGGGGGGUGUGGGGUGGUGGUUGGGGUGGGGUGUGUGGGUGGGGGGGUGGGUGGUGGGUGGUGGGGGGGGUGGGGUGUGGGGGGGGUGGGGGUGGUGGGGGUGUGGGUGGGUGGGGGUGGGGGGGGUUGUGGGGUGGGGUGGUGGGGGGGUUGGGGGUGGUGUGGGGGGGUGGUGGGGUGGGUUGGGGGGUGGGGGGUGGGGUGUGGGGUGGUGGGGGUGGGGGGGGGGUGUUGGUGGGUGGGUGGGGUGGGGGGGGGGUUGGGUGGGGUGGUGGGGUGUGGGGUGGGGUUGGGGGGGGGGUGUGGUGGGUGGGGGGUGGGUGGGGUGGUGGGGGGGGUGUGGGGGGUGGUGGGGGGGUGGUGGGGGUGGGGGUGGGUGGGUGUGGGGGGGGGUGGGGUGGGGUUGGGGGGGGGGUGGGGGGUGGUGGGGGGGGGGGUGGUGGUGGGGUGGGGUGGGGGGUGGUGGGGGGGUGGUGGGGUGGGGGUGGGGUGGGUGGGGUGGGGGGUGGGGGGUGGUUGGGUGGGGUGGGGGGUGUGGGGGGGGGUGGGGGGGGGGGGGGGUGUGGGUGGGGUUGGGGUGGGGGGGGGGUGGGGGGGUGGGGGGUGGGGUGGGGUGGGGGGGUGGGGGGGGUGGGGGGUGGGGGGGUGGGGGGUGGGGUGGGGGGUGGGGGGGGGUGGGGUGGGGGGGGGGGGGGGGUGUGGGGUGGGGGGGGUGGGGGGGGGGUGGUGGGGGGGGUGGGGGGUGGUGGGGUGGGGGGGGGUGGGGGGUGGGGGUGGGGGUGGUGGGGGGGGGGGGGGGUGUGGUGGGGGGUGGUGGGGGGUGUGGGGUGGGGGGGGGGUGGUGGGUGGGGGUGGGGGGGUGGGUGGGGGGGGGGUGGGGGGGGGGUGGUGGUGGGGGUGGGGGGUGGGGGUGGGGUGGGGGGGUGGGGGGGGUGGGGGGGGGUGGGUGGGGGGUGGGGGUGUGGGGGGUGGGGGGGUGGUGGGGUGGGUGGUGGGGGGGGGGGUGGGGGGGGGGGUGGGGGGUGGGGGGGUGGGGUGGGUGGGGGUGUGGGUGGUGGGGGGUGGGGGUGGGGGGGUGUGGGGGUGGGGUGGGGGUGGGGGGGUGGGUGUUGGGGGUGGGGGGGUGGGGGGGGGUGGUGUGGGGUGGGUGGGGGGUGGGGGUGGUGGGGGGGGGGGGUGGGGGGGGUGUGGGGUGGGGGUGGGGGGGUGGGGGGUGGGGGGUGGGUGGGGGGGGUGUGGGGGGGGUGGGUGGGGGGGGGUGGGGGGGGGUGGGGGGUGGUGGGGGGGUGGGGUGUGGGUGGGGGGUGGGGGGGGUGGGGGGGGGGUGGGGGUGGGUGGGGGGGGGUGGGGUGGGGGGGGGUGGGGGGGGGGGGGGGUGGGGGGGGGUGGGGUGGGGGGGUGGGGGUGGGGGGGGGGGGGUGGGUGGGGGGUGGUGGGGGUGGGGGGGUUGGGUGGGGGGGGGGUGGGGGGGGGUGGGUGGGGGGUGGGGGGUGGGGGGUGGGUGGUGGGGGUGUGGGGGGGGUGGGGUGGUGGGGGGGGGGGUGGGGGGGUGGGGGGGGGUGGGGGGGUGUGGGGGUGGUGGGGGGUGGUGGGGGUGGGGGGGGUGGGGUGGGGGUGUGGGGGUGGUGGGGGGGGGGGGGGUGUGGGGGGGGGGUGGGGGGGGUGUGGGGUGGGUGGGGGGGUGGGGGUGGGGGGGGUGGGGGGGUGUGGGGGGUGUGGGGGGGGGGUGGGUGGGUGUGGGGGGGGUGGGGGGGUGGGGGGGUGGGGGGGGGGGUGGGGGGUUGGGGGGGGGUGGGGGGGGUGUGGGGGGUGUGGGGGGGGGUGGGGUGGGGGGGUGGGUGGGGGGUGGGGGGUGGGGGGGGUGGGGGGGUGGGGGGGGGGUGGGGGGGGGGGUGGUGGGGGUGUGGGGGGGUGGGGGGGGGGGGUGGGGUGUGGGGGGUGUGGGGGGGUGGGGGGGUGGGUGUGGUGGGGGGUGGGGGGGGGGUGGGGUGGGGGUGGGUGGUGGGGGUGGGGGGGGUGGUGGGGUGGGGGGGGGGGGGGGGGUGGGGUGGGGGGGUGUGGGGGGGGGGGUGGGGGGGGGGUGGGGGGGGGUGGGGGUGGGGGGUGGGGUGGGGUGGGGGGGUGGGGGGUGGGGGUGGGGGGGGGGGGGGUGGGGGGUGGGGGGGGGGGUGGGGGGGGGGGGGUGGGGGGGUGGGGGGGGGGUGUGGGGGGGGUGGGGGUGGGGUUGGGGGGUGGGGUGGGUGGUGGGGGGGUGGGGGGGUGGGUGGGGGUGGGGGGGUUGGGGGGGUGGUGGGUGGUGGGGGGGUGGGGGGGGUGGGUGGGGGGGGGGUGGGUGGGGGUGGGUGGUGGGGUGGGGUGGUGGGGGUGGGUGUGGGUGGGGGGUGGGGGUGGGGGGGGGUGGUGGGGUGGGGGUGGGGGGGGGGGGGGGGGUGGGGGGGGGUGGUGUGGGGGGGUGGGUGGGGGGGGGUGGGGGUGGUGGGGGGGUGGGGGGGGGGGGGGUGGUGUGGGGGGGGGUGGUGGGGGUGGGGGGUGGGGGGGGGUGGGGGUGGGUGGGGGGGGUGGGGGGGGUGGGGGGGGUGUGGGGGGGUGGGGUGGGGUGGGGGUGGUGGUGGGGGGGGUGGGGGGGGGGGGGGUGGGGGGGGGGUGGGUGGGGUGGGGGGGGUGGGGGGGUGUGGGGUGGGGUGGGGGGGGUGGUGGGGGGGGUGGGGGGGGGUGGGUGUGGGGGGUGGGGGGUGGGGGGUGUGGGGGGGGUGGGGGGGGUGGGGGGGGUGGGGGGGGGUGGGGGGGGGGUGGGGUGGGGGGUGGGGGGGGUGUGGGGGGUGGGGGGGUGGGUGGGGGGGUGGGGGGGGGUGGGGGGGGGUGGGGGGGGGGGGUGGGUGGGGGGGGUUGGGGGGGGGUGGGGGGGGGGGGUGGGGU